AUGUCUGCCCAGUACAGUCUCAAGGACCGCAUGGACGCGCUGUCCGCGCGCUUCAAGGAGUUUUUCUCUCCGAAGCCGCAGUACGCCCAGGUCUCCACGAUCGACGAGCCGCUGAUGACCUCCAGCGACGCGCAGGACAACACGGACGCAGUGAGCUACGAAGCCACGCCCACGCGCACCGCCGCGCCGCGCGCGCGCGACCCGUACGGCCGCGCCGUCGCGAACGACCUCAGGGACGCGCAGCUCGACGUCGGACAGCAGAUGCCCUCUCAGGCCGAGGAGGCCCGGGAGCUGCGGAAGCUUGGAAUGGACGCCGCGGAGCUGCUCUGGGACAUCGUGUCGGGCGCCGACGGCAAGCUCAGCAACCUCACGGAAGACGUGCUCGCUACGGCGAACCAGCUCAUUCUGCAGUGCAAGGACGUCGAGGCGAGGUUGCGCGGCGUCAUCUCGGACUUCGUGGAGGACGACGAGAGCGCGCUCGCAGGCGGCUUGGAGGCCCUGGAUGCGCUCCAGAACGUACAGAGCGAGUUCGAGGAGCUGCGCAAGGGCGGAUCGCCGCAGCCCGGGGCGUGGAAGGACGCUCCGGCUCAGCCGCAGGACGAGGGGGGUCUGCUGGACCUGGGCGCGGUGCCAAACACCCCCGCGGAGGUGUCGACGCCGCAGCCGGGGCCCGCGCAGCAGCAGGAGCGCGAGGAGGAGAAGAAGCCCGUCGAUCCGGUCGGGGACCUGCUCGACCUGUCGUGA